UCUCAGCUGUUCGAUCGUUUACUUGUUUUUGCGUGUAUUUGUAUUUUUCGUCGGCACUUCAACUCGACGUUUGUAAAUUAUAUUGUGGGCAUUUGUCAUUAAGGGAACUUCGAGUGUGCAAGUUUCUGUUGGAAUAACGUAAAAUUAGCUGUUAUUAACUAUUAAAAACACAUGGACCAGACUGUGCGAACAUAAACAACUCAACACAAGCAUCUAUAGUAGCCGCUGAUACUAACUGAAACUCGCUACAUAUUGUAGCAAUAAUAAAUAAUAAGUAAAGGAAUUCCAAGGCGCACAAGCAUGCCCGAAAUGCAGCUGGACAAGAGCAAAGAGUCUGUGCCACUGAGCCGCAGCAUUGGCGCCUUCAUAUUUGGUCUGUUGCAAACAUUCUUUCGCAUAAUCUUUCGCUUGAUCUAUGGCACAAAGGGUGAGCAUAUGCCGCCCAUAACUGAUCCCAUACUGCUGGAAUCGGCCACAUCGUUGGCCAAGAAAAUACGCAAUAAAGAGCUGAGCAGCGUGCAGGUGCUGGAGUCGUUCAUACGUCGCGUCAAGGAGGUAAAUCCGUUGCUAAACUGCGUUGUGGAUGAGCGCUAUGAUGACGCGCACAAGGAGGCUGUCGCAGCUGAUGAGCUUAUCAAAUCCGGCACAUACACUGCUGAGCAGCUGGCGGAGCAAAAACCUUUUCUGGGCGUGCCCAUAACCACAAAGGAUUGCAUAUCAGUCAAGGGUAUGCUGUUCACCGCUGGACUUUAUGCACGUCGCGAGGUGCGCGCUGAGAAAGAUGCAGAAGCCAUGGCGCUGAUGCGCAAAGCUGGCGCUAUACCCUUUGCUUUGACCAAUGUCUCCGAGGUGUGCAUGUGGUGGGAGAGCAAUAAUACUGUGCACGGACGCACACGCAAUGCCUACGACACAAAUCGCAUUGUGGGCGGCUCCAGCGGCGGCGAGGGCUGCACUCAAUCGGCGGCUGCCUCGCCUUUUGGUCUGGGCUCUGAUAUUGGCGGCUCCAUACGCAUGCCAGCAUUCUUCAAUGGCAUUUUUGGUCAUAAGCCCAGCAAGCUGGUGGUGUCAAAUGAUGGACAGUUCCCCACACCUUUCAGCGCGGAGCAAAACUCAUUUUUGGGCUUGGGUCCUAUGUCGCGCUUUGCUGAGGAUUUGCGUCCCAUGCUGCAAAUCAUGGCAGGCGAAAAGGCAGCGCUGUUGCGUCUAAGCAAACCUGUUGAGCUGGAGCGCGUAAAGUUUUACUAUCAGGAAACGGAUGGCGGCGGCCGCAUGGUCUCGGCAGUCGAUGCGGACUUGCUGCAGUCCAUGCAACGCAUUGUGCAGCACUUGCGACAGAAAUUUGGACACGCACAGGUGGAGCGCGUGCAGUUGCCCGAGUUUCGUCAGUCGGCAGCCAUUUGGUUUGCCAAUAUGCGUGACGAUUCAGGACAUGGAUUUAGCUUUCAGCUGGGCGACUUGCGCUACGAGAUCAAUACAUAUCUGGAAAUGCUCAAGUGGAUGGUGGGCGCUUCCAAGCACACUUUUAUUGGCCUAACCACAGCGCUCAUGGAUAAUCAACAGUGCCAGCAUGGCUCCUCCAAGUAUCAUCAUCUGGUGGCUAAGCGUGAUGCAUUGCGGCAAACGCUGCAGCAGCUGCUGGGUGACAAUGCUGUGCUCAUUUAUCCUACACAUCCUACAGUGGCACCUUAUCACAACGAGCCCAUCAUGCGUCCCAUCAACUUUAGCUACACGGGCAUUAUAAAUGUCUUGGGCUUUCCAGCUACAGCUGUUCCAUUGGGUCUGGGCAGCGAGGGUGUGCCGCUGGGUGUACAGGUCAUCGCAAACUUUAAUGAGGAUCGCUUGUGCCUAGCAGUUGCUGAGGAGCUGGAGCGUGCUUUUGGCGGUUGGACGCGUCCCGAAGUGCGGCUUUAAUGCCACUACCCUUGUACUUUAUAUCAAACAUCAUACAUAUGUAUUUAGGCUAGCUUAGCAUAGUAUUGGACGUUGCAUCCUGGUACCAUACCCCCCGCUUCACCCACCUGACUGAUCGCUUUGGCCGAUCUAUCAGCAUAUAUAUUUGGAUGUUUAUUAAUUAUUCUAGUGCCUCUAUCUAUAAUAUCAAAUUUUCGAUGUGUGGUUUAUUGCUUUUAUAUAUACAUACAUAUAUUA